AUGGGUACUAGUACAAGUGAAGCAUUGAAGAACAUCAAAAACAAACAGCGAAGACAGAAAGUUUUUGCAGAAAUAAAACAUGAAAAGAAUAAACAACGUCAUAAGCAAAGAGCCGAAAGAGCUAAGGAAGAAAGAGAAAACCCCGAAUUAAGAGAGGAAAGAAUAGCAGCUAAUAUCCCAGAUACUAUAGAUAGCAAACGUAUUUAUGAUGAGACUAUAGCUGCUGAAGUUGAAGGAGAUGACGAGUUUCAGUCAUAUUUCACUAACUUGUUGGAAGAACCAAAGAUUUUGUUGACAACAAGUGCCAAUGCUAAAAAACCGGCCUAUGAAUUUGCAGACAUGAUCAUGGACUUUUUACCGAAUGUGACAUUUAUCAAAAGGAAGAAGGAAUAUACAAUGCAAGAUAUGGCCAAAUAUUGCUCGAAUAGAGACUUCACUGCAUUGCUUGUCAUCAACGAAGACAAGAAGAAGGUCAAUGGUAUAACGCUCAUCAAUUUACCUGAAGGGCCAACAUUUUAUUUUUCGAUUACAUCAAUAGUUGAUGGGAAAAGAAUUAAGGGACACGGGAAAGCUGGUGAUUAUUUACCUGAGAUUGUAUUGAAUAAUUUCAAUUCCAGAUUGGGUAAAACUGUGGGAAGACUAUUUCAAAGUAUUUUCCCUCAUAAACCUGAACUUCAAGGAAGACAAGUGAUUACUUUGCACAAUCAACGUGAUUAUAUUUUUUUCAGAAGACAUAGAUAUAUUUUCAGAAAUGAGGAAAAGGUUGGAUUGCAGGAAUUGGGUCCGCAGUUUACAUUAAAGCUAAGAAGAAUGCAAAAGGGAGUACGUGGUGAUGUUGUUUGGGAACACAGACCAGAUAUGGAAAGAGAUAAGAAGAAGUUUUAUUUAUAA